GCGCGCGGGGCGGAGCGGCGGCUGCAGGCGCCAGGACUGUCUGGUGCGCAGCGCUUCUUAGGAGGAGGAGGAGGAGGAGGAGGCGGCGGCGAGGGGCCGCUGCUUGCCUGCCGGCCAUGUCGGGCCGGGGGAAGUCUGGUGGCAAGGCGAGGGCCAAGGCCAAGUCGCGCUCGUCGCGGGCCGGGCUGCAGUUCCCCGUGGGCCGGGUGCACCGGCUGCUGCGGAAGGGUAACUACGCGGAGCGGGUGGGCGCGGGGGCGCCGGUGUACCUGGCGGCGGUGCUGGAGUACCUCUCGGCUGAGAUCCUGGAGCUGGCGGGCAACGCGGCCCGCGACAACAAGAAGACGCGCAUCAUCCCGCGGCACUUGCAGCUCGCCAUCCGCAACGACGAGGAGCUCAACAAGCUGCUGGGCGGUGUGACCAUCGCCCAGGGCGGCGUCCUGCCCAACAUCCAGGCUGUGCUGCUGCCCAAGAAGACCCAGAGCUCCAAGAAGUGAGCGCUGCCCCCGGUCCCUCUCCCGACCCCUUCCUCACCGCUGCCUCAUCUCCCUUCCCAGCGGAGCUGGGGGUCCCCAUCCUGCCCCCCAGCCCGGGCUGGGCAGUGAGCCCCUAGCAGCACCCCGCCAGCCCUCCACUAGCCCCCCCUAGUCUGAGCUGCGGCAGGGUGCUGGGGGAGCAUGGGUGAGGUCAGGCCGGGCCCUGCUUGUGCCCCCACCCUGCCCAUUUUCCCUCUGGAAGAAGUGUUUUGGGAGGAGGCAGCUGGAUCACCACUGUUGGUGGUGGUGUCAUCCGGAGCUGUACGGUUGUGUCAUGGUGCAGAGCUGCUGGUGGCUGCUGCGGAUUGUUUUGGCUGGUGUGGGGCUGGACGCUGCCUCUGCCAGCCCUGGGGCUGUGCAGGGUCCCCCCAGCCGGCCUCGCUCUGCCGUGGUGUGAGGAUGGGACUGGCUGCUGCUGCUGCCCCCCCAACGAUGCCAUCCCGGCCGCACUGCAGCAGGGGGAGGGCAGGGGGCUGGAAAACCUGAAAAGGAGGAAAAGUUUCGCCAUUGGCAAGAAGUGACUGUUAGUCUUAGUUUUGUUCAUGGUAAAACUAGUGCAUUGCCUGCUGUAAAGAAGCUCUGGUCCUAUUUAUUUUAAGGUCUCUUUUUUUCUGUUUGUUUGGGGUUUUUUGGGGGUGCCUCCCUGCAAAGUCACCUUCCCGCAGCUCCCUGGGUUGGUGGGCGCUCGGGGACUUGUUGGUCCCACACGCCGUGGGUGCUGCUGGUGGGGUGGGGCGGAGGGUGCGGUGACAAAUCCCCUCGGAGAGCGUCGCAAGGUCAGGCGCCCGCCGGGAGCGGGAGCUGCCAUCUUCUGCCGUGACUCCCCUCCUCUCCCGGCUGCAGAAGCCCUUCGUGUCGCUGAGAGCUGCCCCGUCCCCUGGUUGCACUUCUGGAAAUGACAUGCCGUGUCUUCUGUUGUUGUUCUUUGUUCAACACUGUUUCUGGUUCCGAGAAAUAAAGUGAUGAUGACACCCGUUAACUGUAACCCUCUAUGGAUUAAUACUUUCUUUUUAAAAACAACCCUAGAGUUUGUAUUAAAACCCACUCUUAGCUAGCACUGCGUUUAUUUAAUGGCUGUGUGGAUAAUGUGUGACAUGGGGGCAGGCUAGCUGUCCCGUGACACCUGGAAUAGCUGAUGUAGGGACAGCUUUCCUUGCUGCCCAGAGCAGCCUGCUUCUGUGGAUGCUGAUAGUUGUGUGCAUGCAGCAGUUCCUAGGCAGUCUGACCACAGACCUUUGUAACAUGUUUUUUAAGUUUAAAAAAAAAAAAAAAAAGCGCAACUCCUGUUUAUGUGCUGUAAGUAGCAUGUGUUCAGCCUAUGGAAUCAGAUGUUAAUCUUGUGAAUUAAGUAACUACCCUGGCUCUGAGUUUAUUAUUACCUAGAGUAGAUGAACCUGGAUACUUGGCUGCUGGUUUUAUGGAGGGGUUUUUCACUCUUGUGGAAUAUGGAAGUGGUGUGUUCAUUAGUGUCCUGCUAAGAGGGGUGUGGACAUGUCCCAUGGUUACACUGGGGUACCCUGACUGUGGGUGGGGGGCACCUGGCCACAGCCCUGCUGCUGUGGCACGAACCCCUGUUUGAUCUUCUCCUGUGAUGUGACUGUUACUGUUGGUGGGGUCAGGACAAGGGGUUUUCUUUCUACUGCCCAGUGUAGUGGUCAACCUGUCUGUAUCCGGGUGUCUUGUUCUUGUUUUCUCCAGGACCAGUGUUUUGUACAACCUGAGAGUGUUUUGUAUUAGAAAAAUGCAGAACUUGUGGUACUGAAAAGAAUGGUGCAAACCCAGUAUCCAAUUAAACUGGUUCCCUGUUGAA